GAGCCGCGCGCCGCACGCCGUGGAGGCAGACUUCCUGGGCCCGGCUCUCUGGCUACCAUGGCCUUUGGGAAGAGUCACCGGGAUCCCUAUGCCACCUCCGUGGGCCACCUCAUAGAAAAGGCUACAUUUGCUGGAGUUCAAACUGAAGAUUGGGGCCAGUUCAUGCACAUCUGUGACAUAAUUAAUGCUACCCAGGAUGGGCCAAAAGAUGCAGUUAAAGCUUUGAAGAAAAGGAUUUCCAAAAACUACAAUCAUAAAGAAAUUCAACUCACCUUGUCACUUAUUGACAUGUGUAUGCAGAACUGUGGUCCACGUUUCCAGUGUCUGAUUGUGAAGAAAGAGUUUAUUAAAGAUAGUCUAGUUAAGCUGCUGAAUCCCAGAUACAACUUGCCACUAGAAAUUCAGAAUAGAAUCCUGAACUUCAUUAAGACUUGGUCACAGGGUUUCCCAGGAGGUGUGGAUGUAAGUGAAGUGAAAGAAGUGUACCUUGACCUGCUUAAGAAAGGUGUUCACUUUCCUCUAUCAGGUGCAGAGGCGGAAAGAGAAAGACAAAAGAUUUCACCAAGCCAAUCACCAGCUGUUCCCACUGCACCAGCUCUGUCUUCUGUCAUUGCUCCCAAGAACGCAACAAUUACAAUGGUUCCAGAACAGAUUGGAAAAUUGCACAGUGAAUUGGAUAUGGUGAAAAUGAAUGUGAGAGUCAUGUCUGCCAUAUUGAUGGAGAAUGUUCCUGGGUCUGAAGACCCUGAAGACAUGGAGCUUCUGCAGAAACUUUAUAAGACAAGCCGGGAGAUGCAGGAGAGGAUCAUGGAUUUGCUUGUAGUGGUGGAGAAUGAAGAUGUAACUGUUGAGCUAAUUCAAGUGAAUGAGGAUUUGAAUAAUGCCAUCCUUGGGUGUGAGAGGUUUAUUCGAAACCAGCAAAGAUUUUUGGAACAAAAUAAAAACCAGAGGGAAGAUGACAACACUACCAGUGAACCUUCUGCCCCAUCCUGUGACCUCCUGGACCUAAGCCCCAGCCUUCCUGUGCCAAGAGCCACUCUGGAGGAGCUCAACGCUGUGAAUGCUCAGCUUUCAGACUUAAAUUUCAGCUCUCCAAGUCCUGAUAUAACAAACAACUUAAAACCUUCUCAGCCCCAAACAGAUUUGUUAUCUUUGGAAAAUACAGAAACACCCUUGUUUCCCCAAAGGACCAUCCAGAACUUCGACUCGGAUCAUACAUAUGAGAGUUUUUUGGAGUCUUCCAGUUCAGUAUUACUGCAGCCUGUUAGUCUACAGAACUUUCUAGCCACUCCAUCGAGCGAGAGACUGCCACCCUUGCCCAGCAAUCAUCCAGCCAUGACAAAGAGUGAUCUCCAGCCAGCCAAUUACUAUGAGGUAAUGGAGUUUGAUCCCUUAGCUCCUGCUGUCACUACAGAAAGUAUUUAUGAAGAAAUCGAUCACCACCACCCCAAAGGAACUCAAAGUCAUAGCGAAUGUUAAGGUAAAGAGUUCAACUUACAUUUCACAUUCUACAUGGUUACAGUGCAAUCACUGCUUUCUAUAUUUACUAUUUAAUAUAUUAAUAUUGAAUAAGGGCUGUUUGAAUCUCUUAACACAUUGGUGAGUGGAUUUAUUACACAGGUUCCUCCAAAUCAAAUCAUAGUAAACUAUUCUUCACUAAUAAAGUAACAUUCUCUGUGACCUUGUUCGUUAAAGAUAAUCUUGGAAAAGCAGAAUUUGGUUUGCAAUAUAGAAAUAUUAAUGCUAACAAAAAUAGCUGAUCAGUAGAAACUUCUUAGAAAUUGAAAUCAGAUUCUUGUUAAUAAAUAUUGGGAAUAGUAAAACCUGCUCAUUGUUUGUCCUGGGGUCUAAAUUCUUCCUCUUUGCAGUACUAACAUACCAUUUAUUUACUAAUUGAUUUACUAAUGAAUACAUGGCCUACUAACUGUUUUUAUCCCUCACACCCUCCCCCCUUGGAAGUAACAAUGUUGUGAAUUCUCACCUUUGCUCUACUAGUCUGUGGUUCUCCAGAUAUCCAGGAAUGGGGAAAGAAGGAAGAGAGGGAGAUGGUGGACUGCCAUCUUAAUUAAUUAUAGGUGCAAGUGGAGGAUCAACUCACUAGCAGCCUUAGGUGCUCCAACUCUCUGAAAGAUAAGACUGUCCACCUUUAAGAAGACAAGACCUUCCAACACAUCAGAAACAUGGUGGAAGACUUCUCCUGUGCAGUAAUGAAGUUUAACAGAAGAGUAACAGUUCCAGCCACACACUUAAGGAUCGGGCAACAGCUCAAGCUUUUUCUCAAAAAGAACUUGGUUGUAACUGUACUAUUGUAAAACUCCAGAAGAAAAAUUCACUACACUGAGGCCAACCAGUUUAACUGUAGCAUCUUAUAUUUCACAGGCUUUCCAACAAGAGACCAUCACACUGCUGAAUGAAGAGUAAAGGGUCACUUAAUUACAAAAUAAUUCUAAAUAGAUAUGUGUAAAAUGUGAGAAACUAAAUAUUCAAAAAUACUGAGUGCCUUCAUUUAACUAAAGUCGAAUGUAAAAAAUCAUUUUGCACUUCUCUAUUAUUUUUAUUUAGCAUUAUGAAUUGUUUAACAUUUUAUGAUUGUAGCUGAAUUAUACUUCAGAUACCCUGAAAGUCCACUGGACUAUAUACAUUGGGCUGUCUUUAAAUAUGAUUCUUUGUAAUACUACCUGUUCUUUUUCCUUUUAUAUUGUAACUUAGUAUCUCUAACUGGGACAGACUACUGGAAAACAAAUUUUGUGCAUUUCUUUUAUAUGCCAAAUUAUAAUGACAAAUUACAAUUAAAACAAUGUAAUACUUUU